AUGGCAUUCGCCAGCCUCACUGCUGACGCAAGAAUAGUCACCAACAGGGCCCGGAUGGAAUGCCAGAGCCACCGGCUGACUGUGCAGGACCUGGUCACCACGGAGUACAUCACCCGCUCUAUCGCCAGUCUGAAGCAGCACUACACACACAGCAAGGGGCGCGGGCGGUUUGGCAUCUCUGCCCUCGUGGUGGGUUUUGACUUUGAUGGCACCUCCGGACUCUAUCAGACUGACCUCUCGGGCACAUACCAUGCCUGGAAGGCCAAUGCUAUAGGCCGGGUUGCCAAGUCAGCGCAUGAAUUCCUAGAAAAGAAUUAUACUGAGGAAGCCAUUGAAACAAUCUGA